AUGAACAAGCAUUGGAUUCCUGCUCGUACUUGCUGUUAUUUUUUGUUAAAAAAAGAAAAUCAAAAGAUCGGAGAAGCUGUGACGCUUUCUGCCAUCGACGAUUUGGGAAGGGCCUUGCGCGUUGGUGUGGUGAUCGCUGGCGAGCUGACCUGCCUGCCAUCGUAUCCAACCAAUGUGAUCGUUGGACUUCAUGAAUGUUUGAUGGCGCUCAAUCCUGGAUCCAAGUUGAUUGGCUUCCUUGGAGGCCCGGAAGGUUUGCUCCAAGGUCGCUGCAAGGAACUCACAGCAAAAGAGAUCAAAGCUAGCUUGAACCUUGGUUCGUGGAAGCUGUUGAGUCAUGGAAGCUGCCGCGAUGGCAGCUACGAGAAAGAGAGGCGGAAAGAGGAAGCGAUAGCAGCAGCAAAGGUUUGCCAAGAGCAACGCCCCCUCCUCAAUGUCAUGAUUGCCGGGCCCAAGGAUUUGUCAUGGGCAGCCACCUUGGCUACCUGCUUUGUCGAGGAGGAAUUGUGUCAGACCAAAAUCAUUGGCGUGCCGCACAGCAAGCACGUCAACCUUUAUGUGCCACGGUAUUUAGCCGUGACUCUUGGGUUCGACACAGCUCGAAGACUUCUGAGCGAGGUGGCAGGCAACAUUUUCGUGGACUCGCUCAGCUCGAACAAGUACUGGCACUUCAUCAGGUGCGGAGAGGAUGCCCUUACACUGGAAGUUGCGCUGCAGACACGUUGCACAUUCUCUGUCUUAACAAGCACGGCUGGAAUGACUGACGCCAAUGAGAACGAGACGACAAAGGAUGGACUAAGUCAAGUGGUCAGCGAAAUUUCUGAGGUGAUUCGGAGAAGGCGUAAAGCUGGACGCCACUCUGGGGUUGUGCUCAUUAGCCGCCAGUUCAUUGAGACCUUGCCAGAGAUGGAUGAACUCAAGUCAGCAAUAUCUUCGAUUGUUGGCCCAGAGGUCGGUCCGAAUCCUGCGCAGUUUCCGCGCUUCGAAGAGGUGGAGCAGCAGCUGCCACCGGCAAACAUCAGACCCCUUUUCAAGCGCCUGCCUCGAGUGGUGCAAAGAUCCCUCAUUUGGAGACGAGAUGCCGCUGGGAAGCCAUUACUGCCACGUGAUUUAGAAGCAGAACGAAUCAUAGGUCGCUUUGUGCAGCAAGAACUUCGGAGCCAGCCUGGACCGAGGAAGGGUGGCUUGAAGGUGAAGGCCAGCUUCGCCCCACGAUUCCAUGCAAUGGAAAUCACGACCAGCUCGCCAUUGCCCUCUGCCUUUGACUGUGCUUUCGGGUACAUGUUGGGACACACGGCGGCGAUGCUGGUGAGGGAGCAGCGGAACUUCUACGACAUUCCAAGUGGCAGUUUGGUGGAGCUGGUGGAGGAAUGGGUGGAGUGCGAGUUUGGCAAGCUGGGAGGUUUCAUCAAGGGAAAGAAUUUGCCAUCAGCGGGUUCCAGCAGCCCAGGAGACUUGCUGGAGGUCCGCGACAGCUACGCAGGCAACACAGAGACUUGCAUGCGCCGGCAUUGUGAGCAAGAUGCAUCCAAAGGCAAUGUUGUGUGCUUCGUCCCCAAUGGUGCAAAGGCUGUGAAACUUGUGGAAAGGUGGGUUGAGUGCAGGUGGCGAGGUCACAAGAACUUUGUCAAAGCGCGCCAUGUUCAGCCAGCUCCAGCUGGAACGACUCUGGAGAGCGAUGACGCCUUGCCAGCGGCGAAAAGCCGUGGUGCUGGUUCCCCAGGCAAAGCCAGGGGAAGUGCAUCAUCCCUGGAGCCACUGGCCAAAAAAGCCAAGACAGGCGAGGCUAAGCCUAAGCGAUUGCCGUGCAAGUAUGGUGCUGGCUGCUAUCAAAAGAACCCUGUUCACCGUGCAAAGUUUUCACAUCCUGGGGAUCCAGACUUUAAAACUGAUGAACCUGGAGAGCCGGAACCAGCGUCAUCACAUGACGUAGAGAUGCCUGCGAGUGAAAGCAGUGCUGCAAGCUCGGCCAGUGCCAGCGGAAGUGGCGCAGGAAGCAAACCUGUGGAGACAGAAGUAAAGCCUCUCACACCUGAUGUAGACAUGCCACCAGCUCCAGAAGCAGCGGAAGCGGCAGAACCAGCACCAGCUGCGAAGGAGAAAGCUGAAGCGCUGCCCCCUGCUGCUGCAGCUCCUGCUGCUGCAGCUCCUGCUGCCGUCCCUGCUGCAAUCCCUGCCGCGGCUGAAGGGGAAUGUCGAGAUUGCAAUUGCUGCUUUGAUGAUGUCCUCACAAUCGAAGGGAUUUGCUGCCCUGGCAAAGAGCACUUCUUUUGCAAAGUCUGCAUGGCCAACUUCCUGACUGCGUUCAAGACUGCAGAUUAUGCAGAUCAGAAGAAAGCCAAAGGAAGGGCUUUAUGUCCUAUGAAGGACUCAGAGACGCCCUUUGGCGAUUCGGUUCUGGCAGCCGUUGUGCCGCAGGAUGUUUUCGACGAAUACCUGCAGAUAAGAAUCAAGGUCGCGGAGCAAAGCAUCCAGGAGCACUUCGAAAAAGAAAACACUGCCAAGAUCGAGGAGCUGAAAGAUAAACUUGCAAAAGCAACUGGUAGCGGUGAGCAACUCGAAUUGGACAAGCAUCGGCUGAAGAUCAUUGACGAUAUCUUUACGCUGAAAUGUCCACGCUGCAAGAUGGCAUUCUUGGACUACGACAAUUGUAGCGCAAUCACCUGCGGAGCUUGCAAGUGUGGCUUCUGCUCAUAUUGCUUGGAGGAUUGUGGCAAAGAUGCUCACCAGCACUUUUACAAAAAUGGAAGCAAAUGUCCCAAUGAAGGUGGUCCCCUCUUUAUUGCGUACAACUUGUGGCAAGAGUACCAAAAUAACCGCAAGGAGCGGUUGCUGUGUGAGUUCCUGGCUGGCUUGCCGGAAGACAUGCGCAAGAAGGUGGCUGACCUGGUGGCACCAGAUGCCAAGGAUUUGGGCAUCACCAUGCCUGAGGACCUGAGUGCUGCCAGCCUGGUUCCAGAGGCUCAUGGAGUGCAACGGCUGAAGAUCGCGGUGCCCCGCAGGCUGCGGAAGCAACUGGCAGAGCUGAAGAAAGAUCUCCCGGAAAAUGUGGAACUCAAAAUACCCGAGCCUGGUGAGCAGGUCACCAUCAUGAUGGUGGUAGCAGCUUUAAAGGCCAUCACUGCAGGGAAGCCGAUGGUUUUUGGGAAAAAGAACAUCGCUGCGCACCUUCCAGCGAGUCACAAGGUGAAGAUUGAUGACGAGUGGGUGCUUUGUCGAGGUUCAAAAAAGAGUCCUGUUCCACCUGGUUUCAUCAAAGCAAAGCACUUGAAGACCCUGCUGGGAAACAAGGCAAAGCUCGAAGAAGCAAAUGGCCAUGGAAGUGUCCUGGUCAGGGAAAAAGCUAUUCAGGAUGAGGGGAAGAACUCCUUGGGUUAUUUGGAUGAUGGAACUGAUGUCGAGGUCAUGGGCCAUUGGUACGAGUGCACUUGGGAAGGAGUUGGUCCAUUGAAACGUGGAUUUGUGCAGGCCCACGCCAUCCCCGACAACGACAUUAGUAUGCGAGGUCCAACAGAGGACUGCACGGAAGCUUUGAAAUUUUUGGAGGGCAAGCUUGGCAUCAAAAUUGAGAAGUUUGCACUAGGUGGUGGGAAACCAAAAGCAGCCGCGAAAGCGAAGGCCAAAGCCAAGGGAAAAGCCAAAGCCAAAGCAGCCUGA